UCGGGUGAAAAGGGAGAAAAUGUACAACAGCAGCCAACUCCACGAAACGGCGACGUAUCACAACCCGCUGAAGCCAGUGGAAGUGAUACCUCCAGCGGCUCCAUUUCCGUUACCCUAACGGAUCCUGAUGUUCUCGAUUGCCCCAUUUGCUAUGUUUCCCUCUGCUCGCCCGUUUAUCAGUGUGAAAAUGGGCAUAUAGCAUGUGCAUCAUGCUGCACCACAAUGAAGAACAAAUGUGCAAGUUGCUCCUGGCCAAUUGGAUACAACCGCUGCAGGGCCAUUGAGAAGGUACUGGAAUCAGUGAGGGUUGCAUGUCGAAACUUGCCACGUGGCUGCUUGCAGAAAUUCAGUUACAGUAAGAAGCUUGGUCAUGAAAAGAUAUGCAAUUAUACUGCUAUUUCAUGCCCUCAUACUGGUUGUGACUUUGCUAGCUUCUCCCAAUCUGUCUAUUCGCACUUUGCUUUGAAACAUUCACAGUCCUCCAAACUAUUUUGUUUCAAUGAGGUGAUCUCACUCUCAUUGGACAAAGAUCAGAAACAUGUUUUUCUGCAAGAAAAGAACAUGAGCACAGUAUUUAUCCUCAACCGGACUGUUGAGCCUAUGGGGAGUUUUGUAAAUGUUGUUUGUGUUGCACCAGCCGCAGCAAAGAAAGCAUAUUUGUUUGAUCUAACAGCAACUGUUGGAGAGAGCUCGAUCAAAUUGAAAUCAGUUGUGGACGUCAUGCCAAAAUGGAUGGCCGGACCCCCUUCAAAAUUAUAUCUCAUAGUUCCUAAAGCUUUUAUUAGCAUAAGUGGAGUGGUGAAAUUAGAACUUCAUAUAUUUAGGAACGAACAUCACAAUAUCUUGUAGUUCCGAAAGAUUUUAUUAGCCUUGGUGGAAUGAUGAAAUUGCAACUUAACAUGUGGAGGAACGUAUGUUGCCUUAGAUGCUUAUAGUGCUUGUGUUGUUCGUUGAACUCAAAUGUAAUGAUUUACGUACCAAAUUACGAUAUGUAUAUUUUUUCUGGACUUGUUCUGAUUGUAACUGCAUUUUGCUGUAAUAAAUGGUGCUGUGUGGUUGGAUGUAGACAAGCAAGUUUAUUCA